AUGUCCGACACUUCUGAACCAGGAAAUGCCGAUGAGCCCCGUCUCUGGGACCAUCCCGCACCCGAAGAUAAUAAGAGAUUUAAACCAUUUAUCCAACGGUCAGGCGAGCCAACCCCGCACUUUGUACCAAAGAAAUGCUCAUACGGCACUUGGUCAAACCCGCCCAAUCCACUGCCAUAUGCUUCAUUCGGAGACGAUGGUGUAACUGCAAGUGUCAACUCAAAGGGUGAUCUGAUACAAUUCAGCACAUACCUUGGGACAGGAACUUCGGGUAUGUUCUGCGUGGACCAGUCAGGAACACCGGAGCCAUGGCUCGUAAAGGAACGAAUGGACAAACUUCUCCAACUGGGGCGAAGUCAGGCACCCAUCGAUUAUGGCAUGAUGAUCCCUUAUCACGAUUCCGAGAACAUUUCAGAGACAGACGAUUUUAGCAUCUACGAAGAAGAAGGAGAUAAAGAUGAAGAAGGAGUCGAAAUGAGCUUUGUACACGAUCGAUGGCCCCGAUAUGAAUAUGAUUGCGUCGACAAAGACUUAAGAAUCAUGAAACAAUGGAUGGUUCACAACAAGACCGUGUUACAGCAGUGUCGGAUUAUGAAUUCUUCAGAAUCCCCAAAGACGCUUUCUUUACGCUUUAGGACUGGCAUGCACAUACGAGACCUAGAGUUUGCCAACGUCAGUAACACGUUCAACGAAGACAGGGACGGCCAUAUUCAUAAGCCAGGUCCAAAUGGUUACUCGUGGAUCCUGUGUCGAUUUUGUGAGGAGAAGAACCAGGAUGAGCCUGAGGAUCGAAACAGCCGACAAGAGACGCGUGACGCCGUUGCGGUAGUGGUCACUGUUUUUAUUGAUGGCAAAGCAGUUCAAUGGACCGACCUCUACAGCUCAUCUGGUCCGAGUAUCAAGUUUGUUGACUUGAAAGACAUACCCAUAGAGGUAAAUGAUGAUGUCGAGGUCGUGACAGCUUAUAAGAUGUUGUCCUUACCGGCAUUGGGAAACCGCUCUUGGGAGCCAUUCUUGAUAAGCCCAGGCGAGGCCAAUGUUGGCCAUCUUCUGGAACGGGAGUCCUCUUUCUUCCGAGCUGAACUCUUCUCCCUGUUUCCCCCAGAGCUGGAUAUGAAACUCGUGACAGACGAGCCUAUGGACAGUAUUCCACAGGGACCGGGGAAAACCUCUAAGCUCCUUCAUUAUCUUAUGCGACGGAAUCUGUGGCACAUACUAUCCGUCUGCUCGAUCCCAAUACCAUCAAACGACGAUACUCUAGGAUUCGCAUUGACAUGUGGCGAUAUUUCAGGACACCGUGUGCACACUUCAGCAACCUUCUUUGCUUUCAGCUUUUUACUCGAGUUUAUGAAGCUCAUAACAAAAAAGUUCGGACCGCUAACCGAAGCAGACAACACGUAUGUCGACUAUAUAAGGGAGAAAAUCAUGACUGUGUGUCGAGGACACUUGGAAUGGUUAUUACGUGCCAAGAAAACUUCCAAAGGUUCCUUUGCGGCAAACUACUGGGUUACAGGGAGUCUUGUCAAUAUUGACCAGUACCCACCUUUCACACUGAAUGAUGCCUUGACAGACACUGCUUUCCAGAUCAUCAAGUUCUUUCAAUUUGAUGAUAUCGAAAAAAGCGACUCUGAUUCACCACGGCGUCAAGACAUACUCAAGAUUGCGCAAGAGUGGAUGGCAGGCCUAGCAAAGUUGGACAGACGCAAGAAAUGUGUCUGGCCAAGAUCUAAUGUUGAAGGAUGCGAUAAGUAUCGUCUCAGUGACCAUAUCUGGAUAUGGAGGGCAUCCAAGGCAAGGGAAGCUUUGACGAGAAGGUCUAAAGGAAAUCCAAGACCCCAAGACGAAAGUUUGGAAGGUCUCGGGAAUCGCCUCAAAGACGCCAAUGAGAUCCUCAAGCGGUUUAUUGCCCUGAAUGACGUCUCAUCCAAACGAAUGAUAUCCACAACUCGAUCUCCCCGGGAGAGUCGAUUUUUACUUCAUGGUGGUGAUACAGCUCUCCUUCACGCUCUGGAUUCUGAACUCUUUGCUCCGGAAUCACCAUUCUACAGCCCAUGGCAUAACACGCUUCAGGCCCAGUCGUAUCAUGUUGACAGCUCUAAGGCCGGCUGGGACAAUUCUGCGACCUAUGCGCUUGCAAUGAUGCUGGGUAUGAAAGGGAGGUCUAUCGGCAAGGCCUCGCCAUUGGAUAUGGUAAUACAGUCUCUUGGGAUCCUAUUCGGCACAACCGACUCACAUGGUCUGUUCUUUGGCCAAAUCGACGAGAUCUCGAAAAAGCCAUCACUGUUCAAAGGGGAAUCUGAUAAGGAUUGGUAUUUCCAAGUGGGCUUUGAGAUUCCGUUCAUCCUUCUAACUCAAUGGUCGAACAUUCACUUAGCACUGAGUUUGCACGAGCAAUCGCAAAAGGAGUCGCGCGAAGAUCCAGCCAAGUUACACGAGAAGACUGAGUUGGCGGCGAUGCCUCAUACCCUCGGAUCUGGUUAUCUUUCCAGUGACACAACCUAUGAUCGAUUACAGAAAGAUCUAUCACGUAACAAGUUUCAGUCUGAACAGACCAACAGCUGGACAAUGAAAAAAUACAUGCCGUUCACCUACCACAUUGACCAAAGCAGCAUUGUCGACUUGGCUGAUGAAUGGUUAUACAACUACCCCACGUUUCUCACCCGUGAUGAGCCUAUAGAUUUUAAGAAGGAAGCGGAUAGUCUACGAGAAGAAUGUGAUAUGGGAACAAACAUUGGCUUGGUCGUGGCCAAAGCUUGCCGGGACAGGCUGCCUAACCAGGCCUCUCUAACAUUCCUCCUAAAUGUACCGAAAAAGAAAAAAGAAUCACAGAAACGCAAUAAAGGAACGGUGAACUACAAUAUCUAUCCACAAAAGGCGGAUGGGGAUGCCGAGCUUCAGGAUCUUCUAGGAGAAGCAAGGAGCCCUGAUGAGGCGAAAAAACGGUUUAUCUGGCUGAAAAGAGCAUUCCCUAGCACUGCCCUUGUUUGCACACUUUCUAGUUCUGCCGAGGAGGUUCAAGCUUUGUCUCAAUUCUUUGACAGGCAUUCUCAUUACGAUAAUUACUUUAUUGACGACGUCAGCAUGGUUCUUAAUACUUGGGAGACUGAGCUGCAUUUGAGCUUUUACCAGCUUUGGCCUCCCAAUCAACCACUCAAUCUUCCAGAAGGCAUACCCGAGCCAAUCAGUAUUGCUGUGCCAAGGGAGCCUGAGAGUCAGAUCAUCCGGAACUCGGUGUCAUUUCGGUUUCAAGGGGACUUCUUCGACAGAUAUUGGACAUGCCAUCUCGUCGAGUUUAUCCCGUUUUCUACAGCAGAAAGGUUUCACCAUUCGUUUCACCCAGGCACAUCUGAAAAAACUUUUGGAGAACAAGGUUGCCUGCAACAAAGAAAAGUCCUAGAGUUGCAUCUGCUGGAUAGGUUUCUGAAGAUUCUUGUCAAGAGCACCAAAGGGAUUUUCGAGAACGUGCAAAACAGGCAUUCCGAAGAUUUCAAUUACCAGAGGGCCACUAGCGAAACUUAUUUCACCUCUAUAGCACAUUGGCAGGAUGAUAUGGAUAUUCUCCAGCGUGUCGAAAAAGAGGUCCUAGAAGCGCUGUUGGUUAUUGAGAAGUGGGAAACAAGAGAGAAGGAUCGCGGCCAGGAGCGGCCACGCUGGACUCGCAACGAUGAGAGCAAGUAUCGCCCUUUUAUCAGAAAGCUGGAAGCAUCGACUCACCGAGGAACGAGGGACUUGAGACUAUACCACAACAGUAUAAAAUCACUCCGAGAAAGGCUGGCGACGAAUCAAGAGCGCAUUAGGAACGACCUCAGCCUGCGUGGAGCUGAGAACAUUCGCUUCUUUACCUACGUCACUGUCGUUUUCUUGCCUCUUGGCUUUGCAGCCAGCAUUUUCAGCAUGAAUGGAGCGCCCUCAGGAGAGACUCUAGGGAGUGUGGUGGCCUUUGCUGCAAUUGCCUUGGUCUUGACGAUCGUUGCACUCAUCAAUGCAAAGAGUCUCACCACUGUCAUGAUUAGUAUUAGGGACGCUAUCGACAGCAAAUCACAGGAAAAAAUGACCAUCAGUUCAUUGGCUCACCAUGAUAUCAGCGAUGACGGGGGUAGCCAUGUGGAAACCAUCACUGGUGAUCAAGAGAGUGGUAAUGCAACCAUCGAGGCUCCAAGUACGCAUACUUCCAGCUCUAGAGGUGAGCAUUUGCCCAAGAAAGGAGCGCAACACCACAAGGAGAGUAAACACUAUCAAGGCGAUCACUCCUGGCAUAUCUGGUUCUGGCUUAGGUACAUGUGCCUAGUGUUCCCUGCCCGAAGAGUUCUGAUUGCUUGCAACAAGUUGAAGAACCCGAAGCCGGCCAAGCUCACGACAUAUACGCAUAUCUUCUAUGGCGUUGUCAUGUUGCCAACUUUUCUUAUCUUUCAACUAGCCUAUAUUAUAGUUUGCAACUUUGCAGACCUGGGCCAAGUUUGUUUGAGUAAGUUUCACUUCCUAUACACCACCCGCACGACUAAGCAAUAG